AUGUAUACUAAUAUUAUUCUAGCUGCAACCUCAUCAUCUUCAACAUUAACAACACCUCCUCCUACUACUACUACUACUACUACUACUGUUCCACAAAUAAAUCAUAUUGAACCUAAACUGGAUCAUAAUCUUGAAUCGAAAACAAUAUCUAUUAAUGAUUCCUUUUCAAUUUCUCAAACAAUAACUUCAUCAACUCAACCAUCAUUAAUUAUUAAAGCUUCAAAAGAUUGGGUUUUACCUCCAAGACCAAAACCAGGUAGAAAACAAAAAGAAAAUAUCAUUUCAAUUUCUAAUAAAGAUUUAUUAAAACCUAAAAAAAAAUAUGUCAAAAAAUCUCAAAAAAAGAAGGAACUACUAAAACAACAACAACAACAACAACAACAACAAGAAGAAAAAGAAAAAGAAGAAGAUUUGUCAACUAAUAUUAAUGAUCUACCUUCAUUGAUGAAAAAUAUUUCUAUAAUAGAUGGAGAAAAUAUUGAAUUAAAAUCUCAUUUAUUGAGUUUAAUUCAUGAAUAUAAACAUUUGAAAGAUAUUGUAUUUAAACAACCAAUAGAUAUGUUUUCACAUAAUGUUUCAUCUAUAACAACCCCAGAAACAGUCCCAGAAACAGUAACAAUCCCUGCAACAGUAACAACAACAACAACAACACCACCACCACCACCACUUGCAGCUAAGAGCACAACUACAACCACUUCAUCUACUACUACUUCUACUACUACUACUCCUCCUCCUCCUACAGAAAUAUCAGCAAUUUCUUUACAACAUUCAAUAUCAUCAUUAUCAUCAAUAAACAAUAACAAUAAUAACAACAACGAUAACAAUAACAAUAUCCAAGAUGAUCCAUUUCAUCAAUACACCUCAUCAAUCCCAUCUCCAAGUUCUCCAAUGUCAUCAAUAUCUACCCCAUUACCUUCUAUUUCCACCACCACCACCACCAACUCCACCUCCAACUCGACAACAAAUGAUAGUUUAUUAGCAAUAGGAACACAAAAAUCAUCAUCAUUAUCAUUAUCAUCAUCAUCAUUAUUAUCAUCAUCAUUAUCAUCAUCAAUUUUUACUAAUCCAUUAACCAUAUUUAAUGGUAAUAAUCAUGGUAAUAAUCAUGGUAAUAAUAAUAAUUUUCAUAAUACCAUUCAUAUUCCAUCAAUAUUAAGUUUAGAUUCAAAUGUUCAUAAACGAUCAUUUGAUGAAUUAUCAGAAUUUAUUGAUUAUUCUGAAGGUUGUAGUGGUAGUGGUAGUGAUGAAGAAGGUGAAAGAGAUAGAGAAAGAGAAAGAAGAGAAAGAAAAAGAGAUAGAGAAAGAGAAAGAAAAAGAAGAGAUGGUGAAGGAGAUGGAGAAGGAGAUGGUGAAGGAGAUGGUGAAUUUAUUCUGGAUCUUUCUCGUACUACUUCUUCUUAUAGUGAUCAAUAUUUGAUGAAUGUAUGA